AUGGCCUCUGAUGUGCAAAACCAAUUCCUCUGCCCCCCUUGUCGAAGCUUCAUUGCCUGGACCAAGAUCCCAAACUUAACAUCUGAAGCCGGAUUUGAGACGCCUUACAAGCCAAGUUUUGAAGCUCUCGAGGCUUCAGCGACCCACUGCCCCCUUUGCCAACAUGUUUUUCGGGAUGUCCUAAAUGGGAAGCCUCGUUAUGAUGGGCGAGAACCUACUCCAGUGUCAUACAGAAUAUUUGCCGAAGUCAAUACGGGGUCCGAACGACGCUUAGUAAACGUCACUUGGGUAGAAGAUCUUCCGUUCCCAAGUGCAGGCCCUCGAGACCCAGUAUACUAUCUUGCACAUCCUGAAAGCAUUGAAAAUAGAAUAUUAUGGAGAGAAAAGGUGCCGUCGUUCGACUCUCGUCUGAAAGCUCUCUCAGAAUGGAUAUCAGAAUGUGACCGUCAUCAUACCCGAUGCGUCGAAAAGCCAACAGUAAGGCCUCGAAGGCUUUUAGAUCUGUCCGACGUUGGGAAUUCGAGAGUAGUGAGAUUAAUCGAAACCUCUACUUCUGUUGAGAUCGACGUUCGCUAUUCUACUCUUAGUCACUGCUGGGGACCCCCCACCUCCGAGCCGCCACUAAAGACUACGUCAACCAAUUUAAACAGUCACUAUAUAGGUAUACCGGUAGAAAAUUUGAAUCUCAACUUUAGAGAUGCCGUCUUCAUUUCCGUUAAGCUUGGCCUCCGAUACUUAUGGAUCGAUUCCCUAUGCAUCAUCCAAGAUGAUCAUGAAGACUGGGAAAUGGAAGCAGCAAAAAUGGCAGACAUAUACCGCCAAAGCUAUAUCAAUCUCGCUGCCUCUGCGGCACAUGAUGCGCAUGGAGUCCGUUACAACCUAUCGACCCAAGCCGCAGUGAGCUCAUCGGAUGAGCUUUACGAGGAAGUUAUGAUCAGGCCUACGACACUAAAAGAAGAGUCUCGUAAACUUUUAUCUCGUUCAUCUUCUCCGUACUUUGCACGGGGUUGGGUACUCCAAGAAGUAGCGCUUGCUCCGCGGACGAUAUACUUUACAACCGAUCAAAUGAUGUGGCAAUGCCGGCACCUUUUUGAAUCCGAAGACAGAACAUGGUCUUCAAGCGGUGGAAUACCGGCAUUAACUUACGCUUAUUCAACCUCAGAAAUUUUUGACUUUACGAAAAAACAGAAAGCCUUCUCAAUAUGGCAAGUGUGGCUGAAGUCAUAUGUGACUCGAGAGCUUUCAUAUCCCUCCGAUGUCGCAGCCGCAGCCGCAGGCUUAAUCAACUAUUACCAAUCUGCAACUGGGUACACACCUAUGCUUGGGCUGUGGAAAGAAACGCUGUAUGCUGAUCUGCAGUGGUCAAUUUCGGGUGGUCACUUCCAGGACGCGCCUCCAAGAAACAACUUUCCAUCUUGGUCUUGGUUAUCUCUUUUACCAUGCGGUAACCCAGGAGUAUCGUGGGAUGAUAUUACGUAUCUUGGGAGCACAGCCCAGUCUCUUCGAAUUGAAGAGUGGGAGGAGAAGUGGAGCGGUCUACCUUUUACAUCGGCACUCCAGUUCUCAAGACUGGUGAUUUCAACGAUUACUCAAGAUGGAAUACUUUCCGUUCCGUCUGCUGAAAGUGAGACUGUUUCAAGUGUGAAGGUUGAAGUUCAGGGAAGCCGCAUAUGGUACGACUAUCCCAAGAUCGAAUACCAGCUACCUGUGGGAUCAAAACAUGCAGUUAAGUUAGCUCAUCUCGAGCAAACCAUAUUUCGAUAUGACACCACCGGUAUCGCACGUUCAAUUCGGGACAGCUAUCUUGUUUUAAGAAUGACAACAGAUAAUCCUCCCCGAUAUCAACGACUUGGGACUGGUAAGAUUUAUACAUCCAUUGAUGAAAAAGUAGACACCUGGAGUCCAACAGGCCACUUGGAGAGACACUUUAAAGAAUCAGAUAGACAGAUUAUCGAACUAGUGUGA